GUUAGCGCGGAACUGUGUGUUCAGAGCGUGCGGGGGAGCAGGUUCACUGACACAUAGGAAGUAGUUGGUACAGAAGUCCAAGCCCUUGUUCUGCUGUGUGACUCCCGUGGAUUUCAAGACUGAAGUGGAUCCACAGGCGAGCUGCUGGUUAGGGAUUGGAUGGCUUGAUCACCCUGCUAGUGCAUUGUUCUGUUCGUGUCUCCACCGCGCUGAGGAUGCGGCUAGCCCGAGCCCAAUGCUGGGUCAACGCUUUCCCCGCAGCCCGCCUGCUCCCUGCGGUUCUGGCUGGCUGUCUUCUGCUGGCCCCUGUCUCUGGGUCCCAGGGCGACAAGGAGCCCUUUUACCGAGACUGUGUGAAGGAGUGUGUCCAAGCCAACUGCACCGGACCUCCGCUCGGAGGCUUCCUGUCCGCUCAGCCACGCUACAUGACAUUGACAGGCUGGACUUGCCGAGAUGACUGCCGGUACCUCUGCAUGUGGAUCACAGUGGGCCUGUACCUCGCAGAGGGAUACAAAGUGCCUCAGUUCCACGGGAAGUGGCCCUUCACCCGGUUCCUGUGCUUCGAGGAGCCUGUCUCAGCUCUGGCCUCGCUGCUCAACGGACUGGCCUGUCUCGUCAUGCUGAUCCGCUACCGCAGCGCGGUGCCCAGGCAGUCCCCCAUGUACUACACUUGCUGCGCAUUCUCAAUGGUGUCUCUAAACGCCUGGUUCUGGUCCAUGGUGUUUCACACGCGGGACACCUACCUGACUGAGAAAAUGGAUUACUUCUGUGCAUCGGCUGUGAUUCUGUACUCCAUCUACCUGUGCUGUGUGAGGACCCUCGGUCUCCAGCGCCCCGAUCUCUCUAGUUGUUUCGGGGUGCUGCUGAUUCUCUUGUUUGCGUCUCACGUCUCCUACCUGACCUUCGUCAACUUCGACUACGGAUACAACAUGGCCGCCAACACCGCCAUCGGUAUAAUUAACCUGCUGUGGUGGCUCUGCUGGUGUUAUGGGAACCGGCGCACUCUGCCGUACUGGUGGAAGUGUGCCGCGGUGGUGCUGCUGCUUCAUGGCCUGGCACUGCUCGAGCUCCUCGACUUCCCGCCUCUCCUCUGGGUCCUCGACGCUCACGCCAUCUGGCACCUCAGCACUGUGCCUGUGCACUUCCUGUUCUACAGUUUCCUAAUCGAUGACAGCCUGUACCUGCUCAACACGCAGAAACGAGGCCUGAAACUGGACUAAGGGGUCACCUGACCAAUCAGGAACAGAAGCUCGACUGGAGAGGACGUCGUAUGACUGAUCACCCUCCAAUCGGGGCCUGCAGCUCCACGAAGGGGCGGGGCACAGUUCUGCACUUUCUUGCUUGUAAAAUUCUCUGUUUAGGAGUUUAUUUUUUGUUAUCAUUUUUUUUUUUGUUGUUAUGAUGAUUUUGUGCUGCAUUCACUGAGCGUUUGCCUUGAUCAGACAGGCAGUGUCCCCAGCCAGCCAGCCUCAGCUCCAAAACCUCCAGAAUGCUGCUGAGAUUCAGACCCAUUACAGAUUCACAGCACUGUGAGGUGCAGCCAGCCCUGUAACUGAGCUCUGGUGAGAGAGACUGGGGGAAGCUGGUCUGAGGGAUGCUGUCUUUCUUAACUCUUCUGCCCAAUACGAUUUUUGUUGCUGCUUUUUAAAAUAUCUAUUUUUUAUAUUUUAUAUUAUUUCUGUUUUUGCCAAAUAUGUUCAUUCUUUACCUUGGCUGCCUUUGUUUCUUUUCACUGGGUCUCGGAGGGGGCUGUAGGGUUCUGAAUCGUUCCGGUCCACACCGAGCCCGGUUCCUGUGGCUUCAUAUUGUUCUGUAUAGGCUGGAACAUGGGAUUCCUGUGCCAAACGAACCUUGUGCUCCAAGAGUUUUCAUUUGCGCUUUGUUUUCAAUUCCUCAUAAAGUCCUAAGGGGUUAAAAUGUGUUUCUGCACCAACGCUGAAAUAUUCACAACAAUGAAAUCCCUGUAUUCUGAUCAUCGCCUACUCUGAAAUAUUUCUGCUAUUCAUUUGGAGUUGACCAAAACAAUCCUAGGUGCUGGCGAGUGACAGUGAGGGUGGAGAGGCCUGGGUGUGAGAGAGUGAGGAAGGGAUUGAGUGAGUAUACAUGUCUGCACUCUUUGAGAGGUCUGUGUGAGAGACAGUGGGGAGAGCGAUAGUAGCCAUCUCUGCUCUGAGAGCUCUGUGUGAGAGAGAGAGUGAGAGUGUGGAGAGUGACAGUAACCAUCUGCUCUGAGAGCUCUGUGUGAGAGAGAGAGUGAGAGUGUGGAGAGCGAUAGUAACCAUCUGCUCUGAGAGCUCUGUGUGAGAGAGAGUGGGGAGAGCGAUAGUAGCCGUCUCUGCUCUGAGAGCUCUGUGUGAGAGAGAGAGAGAGAGAGAGAGAGAGUGUGAGAUUGCAGAGAGCAAUAGUAACCAUCUGCUCUGAGAGGUCUGUGUGAGACUGCGAGUGGGGAGAGUGAUAGUAGCUGUCUUUGCUCUGAGUGAGUGAGAGAGUAGGGAGGGGGUUCUCUGUGCGUUGCUGUUUCAGCUUUCUGGUGUUCCUCAGUGCCCCUCAGUGUGAACACAGACCCUACAGACCCCACUGACCCUUUGUUUGUGUGCCUUUGUGACUUCCAUUCUUCCCCAGGGCUGCAGCAAAUAGCCUCCCUGCAUACAGUAUUCCUUUCCAUUGAGUCAAUCCAAACAUAUUCACUGUACUGCACUGGAGUAUAGAAUUCACACAAACGGCAUCUCACCUAGACAUGUGGAGGAUGUGUUUGGUGCUGAUCGCUCUCAAGUGCAUCAUAUGUGGAGUCCUCAUAUAACAGGGAGCCCUUGUGUAUAAAAACACUGACAAAUGCAUGGAUUUCAACAUUGUUUGUGUUUGCGAUUCAUUACUCUAGUUUCUAAGGUCCUAUAGGGGAGCCCAGACUCCUGUAGUGUCUAUAGGGGGUUAUUAUAGACCCCACCGUUCCCACCUUUAUUGGACAUGUGCCUGCUUCACUCCUGCAGAUUUCUUUUUGUAUUACAAAUGAAUAAUCAACAGCGUGUUUACUGCUUGUAAUGAAGAACUUUGAUCUUGUAAAACAAAGCUGCUGUCCCAGUUCAAGCACACCGUGUCCUGUGCUUUCAAUUUGCACAACAGCUUUGGGUGGUUUGGCUUUUAUUGUCAUGACUUUAUUCUUAUUAUUUUUACAUUUUUGGAGGGGUUGAUUUUCUAAGUGAUGCUCCUCCACACUGAUUCAUUUUUGACGGUGGGGCUGGUAGACUAAUAAACAUUGCAAAGAGCCACAGCUCCUUGCAUGUGUGGAGUGUGCACUUUCGCAUUCAUACAGGGGGAAAAUAGCAAUGUGUGUGGGGGCAGCUUGGGAACUGGAAUUCACUUUCUUACAAAGGGGAUCAUGGAAAAUAGAUGAUUUACUGUGGAGGCGUACUUUGUAAACAUGCAAUAAUAAAGGAAAGAGGGAUUGGAAAA